CAGGGAACCUUUAGAGGAAUAGAAAGUUAAUCAUUUUUAGAUGGUAUAUCAGGCCAUUGUUUUCUUCUUUGAAGUUCAGUAUUGUCAGGACUACAACUUACAGUUUCCCUCCUGACCAACAGAGGGAUCCCUCUCCAGAAUACUGAUGUCCUCCAUUGCUUCGUUCAUCAGCUGUACGCAGUUACCAUCAUACGGCUCACCGUAUUUAUAUGCUCACUUUACUCCUCAUUCUCCGCAAAGUAUUGCCUAGUUUUCCCUAGCAAUUUCUGAGCAGUUCUGAUAUAUCUUUUGCCUACUCGUGUUUUGACCCUUGCCUUUUUUACUCGCCUCCUUGUCUAGCUCCUCGUCUUUGACCUCUGCCUGGCUUUUGACCACGUCUCUGUUUUUGCCCCUGUCUGUUUUUGGAUGUUUAUUAAAACGUACCUGCUUGCACAUGGAUCCAAACACCUCUGCAUCUUUGUCACAAGUAUUUUGUCAAGUUUAAGGACAAGCAUUCUUGUUCCCCUUUUUUGGGUGGAUUGGGGAGGGGUUAAUUUCAAAUGUAGCAGUGGAAGUAUCUCUUUGCUAGACAUAAUUGUAUUAAAACUGAUCAUUUCUUCUGGCUCUGCAGGUUUGUCUGAUGUGGACAGAAGAGGAAACACAAAAGAGGUCAGAUAACACUUAAUAAGUUGAGGAGUUUAUUUUUUUUUCCUCUAUCAUUUUCUGAGGGUUUUUUGUUUUGUUUUGUUUUUUUGCUUUUUGUUCUUGUUCCUCUUCCAUGUUUUUAAACACUGUUUUUUUCAGUGCCAAUAAGUUUAUGCUUCUUUUAUUCAAAACAUUUAACAAAGGAUAGCUUGAACCAUUACAAAUGGAUAACAUUUUUGGAAUAAUACAUUUAAAGAUGUUGUUCUACAAGACAAAAUAUGUCUUCAUUCACUUGCUCAUUAUAUACAUUUUGAAUCAUUUUCUGUAUCAAAGCAUCAACCAACGAACAUCCUUGAAGAAAACCACCCGAAGAAACAUCAACAAGGAGUUGAAUCCGUUUUCAGCAGACUUCACGUCAGACGACAACAUAAGUUUUCAUCAGCAAAUUUUCUUAAAAUAGGUCCUUCUUUAAAACAAAUGAGUUCCACACCUGAAAAAGAUGUGUCUCAAGCUUUUCUUCAGAGGUUGAUGGCAUUAGAUUACAGAGCCAGAUCCAUCCCUGUUCAACCAGAUAUUUCUGAGGUGAAGCAUUUACAGUCUGUCUCAGUUCCUGAGAGUGUUAGCACAGAUGAUGAUGACUUUAAUGCUCUUUUUAGCACUAAUGUAGAUUCUAGUCAAUCCAAACAGGAUCAUGUUCACCCCAUGGAUGUUCAGAUGGUUGUAUUUCACUGCUCAGACAGCUUCCUGAAGCAGAACAUGAUCACAAAGUUGUCACAGUGUCAGUACGCCUUACCUCUGCUUGUUCCUGAUCCUGCUGCAGCAGAUAUUGAGUGUCCUCUGUGGACGUUCAGACAAAUAAGAAAAACCUGGAAGAAAACUGAAAUCAAGGAUAAUUCAAAGACUAUCUCCAUCAAGAGUCUACCGAUCUGCAAAGCUGAAACUCCACUGGUGUCUUUCUUCCGUCUGGGUUCACUGUCUCAGUCUAAAUCUCAGCUCAUGAACACUUUGAUCAACGACCGUCACAACACCUUCUUCCACAGAAACUGUCCAAGAAGCACCAAAUCUCGUCAUUUGAUGGAUGGAGUUGUAGAGAUUGCCUGGUACUGUCCUGCUGGAAAAGACAAUGAUUCAUUCUCUGACUGCAUUGGCUUCUGUAAUCUUCAUGGUGAUUCUCUGUUGAUGGAAAAACAACGUGAAAUACUGACUGAAAUAUCUUCAGUCUUAGUUGUUCUUGUACCAGCUCUGGAAAAAGGUCAGGAAAGUUCUGAAGUCAUUUCCACUCUUUUCAGAACUCCAAAUCUUCUGAUUGUUCUCACUGCUGAUAAUGACUGUGGUGCUGUUCAGAUAAAACCACAAAAAUACAAAGUGGGUCUGAAAGACAGAAGUCAGUCAGAUGUUUCUGAAGAACUCAGAGAAAUCAUUAGAAAGAUUUUGUCUGGAUCAAACAAAUCCUUCAAUCUUGAGUUGAUGUCCAACAUCUCUGGAGUCAGAGUGGAUGAAGACGACACAGUCUGUCAAAAUGGAAAAUCUGCUGCCAUGAACAUAGUGAAGCUGAUUCAGGACAUGGAUGUUUCCAGGAUCAAAGAUACUUUUCUUCCUUGUCAAGGUCAACUUUGGCAUGAGUGGUGCAGAACAAACAAAGAAAGAUUUCACCUCAGAGGAAACAUUGAGAAAGAAAAAAGUCAGAAAGAUCAACAACUGAUACAAAUCCGACAGAAACAAUGUGCUGCUUCCUGUAGUGAACUGAUGAAAUCAUUCACUCACAGCCUCAUGAGUUUGGAACAGAAAGACAAAGAAUACUUCCUGAAAUGGACUCAGAUCCUGAUAGAUGAACUCUCCUCAAAGAAUCUCUCUGCAAUUCUCCAAACCUAUGAUGAAAAGUGGUCUGAGGUUUUGACUGUAAAGAAGAAACAUGACAAAUCUGAUCAGUUAAAAGUCAAACAAACUGAGCUUGAACAAAUAUCACAGAAACUGCAGGCAGCAACCUUUGGUUUGGAGCACAUCUUCAGAGAAAUGUCACAGAUCUAUGAAGCCCAUCAAUCUCUAAAGAGACAAACACACUGCAGACACACUGAAUGGGUUAAAUACCCUGAGCUGGCUGCAGAUCUGAUGAUAUCUGGACAUCCCAUGGAGUUGAUGGAUGGUGAUGCAGGUCACGUGCCUUUAACUUGGAUCUCUGGUCUUUUACAGGAAGUCAUAAAGAAACUGGGUGACCAGAGAGUUUUUGUGUUGUCAAUUUUGGGCGUUCAAAGCAGUGGAAAGUCAACAAUGCUGAAUGCCAUGUUUGGACUGCAGUUUGCUGUGAGUGCAGGCAGGUGCACCAAGGGUGCAUACAUGCAGCUGCUCAAAUUAUCAGAGGAAAUCAAGACAGACUUCAAGUUUGACUAUGUUCUAGUGGUGGACACUGAAGGACUGAGAGCUCUUGAGCUGGAAGGUCACAACACUCUUCACCACGACAAUGAACUGGCAACAUUUGUUGUUGGUUUAGGAAACAUGACACUGAUCAACAUCUUUGGUGAGAAUCCAGCUGAGAUGCAAGACAUCCUGCAGAUUGUUGUUCAGGCUUUCAUGAGGAUGAAGGAAGUUCAGCUUUCUCCAAGUUGUGUGUUUGUUCACCAGAAUGUUACAGAUGUCACAGCUGCAGAGAAAAACAUGGACGGAAAGAGACGACUGCAAGAAAAACUGGACAAGAUGGCUCAACUAGCUGCUAAAGAGGAAGGAUCUGAUGCUGAAUGUUUCAGUGAUGUUAUUGCAUUUGAUGUCCAAAAAGAUGUGAAAUACUUUACUCAGCUGUGGGAGGGAAGUCCACCAAUGGCUCCUCCAAAUCCAGGUUACAGUGAGAGUGUCCAAGAACUGAAGAGCUUCAUCCUGUCUAAAGCUUCAGAGUCUCAUGGAAUCAAACUCUCACAUUUCAGCAGCAAAAUUCAGGAUCUGUGGAACGCUCUGUUGAAUGAAAACUUUGUUUUCAGCUUUAAAAACACUCAAGAAAUCUCAGUGUACAGAAAACUGGAGGUCCAGUAUGGAAACUGGACUUGGACUCUGAGGAGUGAGAUGCUGACCAUUGAGAACAGACUUUAUCCACAAAUAGAAAAUGGAAUACUUGUCAAGAUUGAAUUCAGUGAUCUUUCCAAAGAAAUCAGUAAAACAUAUGAACAAAUAAAGACAGAAAUCACAGAUUACUUUGAGAAAGAUGCAGACAAAGAAAUGUUGGUUCAGUGGCGUGGACGAUUUCAAAUCAAAAUCACAGAUUUUCAUGAGGAACUUGUGACAGGAGUUAAAAGAAAACUGGAUGAAGUCAUUCAGCAGAAGAAAGCCUGUAAGAAGCUUGAUGAGAAGAAAACAGAUUUUGAGAACAAACUGCUGCAAAAAAGCAAAGAACUCGCUCACAAUCUAAAAGAGACCAUGAAAGAUGAAGAGGAACUCAAGAUGCAGUUUGACUCUGUUUGGAGUCACUGGGUUAAAGAAUUAACUUCAGAUACAAAACCCAUUGAGGACAUCAACCUGGAAGAAGAUCAGUUAACUGUCCUUAAAGAUCUUGGUUAUGAAUUCACUCUUUGUCAUGAGUUGCAAACCAGUAAGACAUACAAAAACCUGACAGAAAUUGGGAAUUACGUUGAUUAUAUACAUUUAAAGAAAUCCUUUAAAUUUAAAGAUUUUGAGAAUUUUAUAAGGAAGAAACUGAACUUUACAAUUCCACAUGAAGAUCAGGAAGAGAUCAGAUCUUUCAUUAGAAAUGUUGAACAUAAAUCACUGGAGAUCAUUCAGAGCAAACCUGUAGCAACAAGAGGAUACAGAUCAACUUACCUCCAUGACGUGGCUAAAACUGUUCAAGGAAAUGUGAAAGAAUUUGAGUCAAAUACAAAAAUAACAUUUAAAAAGGAGUUCACAGUUGAGCUUCUGUUGUUUGUCUUCCACAAAGGAACCAGUUGGAUUUUACAGUCUCACAAGACAUACAAAUAUAACAAUGAUGCUCUGACCUACUUGAACAGCAAGAAAAAUGAAUAUUUCAACAUUUUCAGAAGUUUCUGUAAAGGAAGCUCAUCUCCUGUGAUGUUUGGAGAACUGAUCUGUGAGAAACUGAAGGUCUCUGCUGUUGAGGCUGUCUGUAACCAGACUGCUGUUGACCUUGCUGGAGAACUCAGGUGUAAUUUCCCAGCAUUCAAUGGGAACAGGCUGAACCUGGAGAAACAUGUGUUGAAGGAUCUGGCAGAGAAAGAAGACUUCUACAAGUUCGUGACCUACAUCAGAGAUCCAAGGAAGCAAGUAGAGGAAUUUAUCAGAGAAAAAGUAAAGAUGUACAUGUCUGUUGAAAACAAAAAUAAAACUCUGGAGAUUCUCCAGAAAAAUGCUGAAAACAUCCUAAAGGUCAUCAGUCAAACUUUAUUUGAAGCCACAGAGAAGAUUAAAACUAAAAAAGGAGACAUAAACAUGUGGGUGAAGGAGUUCUCCA